GAGAGUCUGACGCACAGCCGCAAACAGAGGUUCUGAACCCGGCAGAGGAUCCACCGGAGACACCGGAGACACUGCGGAGGCUUUGUGUUUCUCCCAGCCGCACACUGAGGGUCUGAACCCGGCUGGAUGUGCGGACCCUCCCCGCUGUCAGACCCCGGACCCCCGUCUGCUUCGACCGGGAUUCUGAUGGGGUGUUGAUGUGAUUUCUGGAAGAAAGUAAACCGCUUUAAAACUCACCGCCCGGACACCGUGAGUCUCAUCUCCAUGUGUGCCCCCACCUCCCUGUAGCCCCACCAUGUCUGCGGCCCCCCGGCCGGACGGGGACCCUGCUUGGGGCCUGGAGGCUCUGGGCCUCAGCCCAAAGGAGUUGGUUCUGGCCGAGGCCCUUCAGAUGGAGUACGACGCUCUCUCCAGACUCAAGCAGGACCAGAGCGGCUCCGAGACCCCUGCCACGCCCCGGCCCCAUCCGGGGGGCGGUCUGCUUAGGGGCCUCUCUUGUUCCGACCCCUCCCUCACCCAGCCCGGAGGCUCCCAGGCUCCUCAGACCCCCCAGGGGCCCCUGUACAUCCUGGACCGCCCGGGGGCUACCAAGCUGCGGGACGCCCCCCGCCCGGGGCCUCUCCCUAAAGACGACAUCCCCCCCGCCCUCCCUCCAAGAAACCCCCUACCCCCCCUGCCGGUGCCGGGCUCAGAGAACCCGUUCCUGCCCCCCCGAGGGCCCACCGGGCCCCGGGACGUCAACUUGUUCACUCCCGACGUGGACCCCCCAAAAGUGGGUUCGGGGGGGCUGAACUACGACAACAUCAACGACUCGCUGUCCCGACUCAACGGGGGCCGGCAAGGGCCGCGGGGCCGCAGGGCCAACGGGGACCAAUCAGGGAAGCCCGUGGCCCGGAGUAAGACCCUCCCCCCUCAAGUCCCACCCCGGACCUACGCCCCCGUGGCCCCAAGCAAGAGGGGCCAGCGGCGCGUCUCUGCUGACCCGGUGUCUCUGGGCUCCAGGACCAAUGGGUUUGGAUAUGAACUCUUCCAAGUUAGUGAAGAGAGAGACGAGGAGGUGGCUGCUUUCUGCCACAUGUUGGACGUGCUGCGCUCGGCGGACCCCCACACUGAGCGCAGUAGGAACGGUGGUUUUGUGUGGGCGGGGUCGGUGGGGGGGGAGGAGCUGCAGCAGGCGCUUGGGGUCAGUGUUCGGGUCACCGUCUCUAGCCGGCACUUCAGAGAGCCGCUCACCUUCACCUGCGACGGCUCGUCCACAGUGGACCUGCUGAUCUAUCAGACUCUGUGCUACGCUCAGGACGACCUGGACGUGGACGUGGACGACUACCUGCUAAAGGUGUGCGGUCAGGACGAGUUCCUGCACAACUCUCAGACUCUGGCCGGGUUGGAGUUUGUUCAGACGUGUCUAAAGUUUGACUGGGACGUCCGACUGUGUCUCACCAAGAGGACAUCCAUCAACACGGAGCUGUCCCGCACGAAUGCGGACGACGAGACGUUGUCCACCAUGAACCACAGCAUCCUACUGCAGGAGCGUCCAAUCAGACAGACCGUCACCAGGGAGGCUCUGACUCUGCUGCUCGACACGUUCCACAACGAGGCCGAGUCCUUCCUGCUGUCGGAGACGGAGCUGCCGCUGCACGUGGAGCGUCUCGUCCAAUCGGUGAAGGCGCUUUGCAGCUCGCUGGCGUCCGUGGAGACGCCCGACGUGACGGCGGCCCUCAGCCAGCUCCCAGCAUGCCCCUGCCGUCUGCAGCCCCGAGUCCUGAAGGAUGCAUCAGUGCUGGCAGUCAGAGAGAACAGAGAGAAAGUGGUGGAGAAGUUGACGGCGGCCAUCCUGGACCUGGUGGAGCUGUACUGCAACACCUUCAACGCCAACUUCCAGCCAGCGGCGCCGAGCCGCGGUUACACGGCGACGCUGCAGGAGGCCGGCCUCGUCAACAAUGUGCUCGCCUUCAACGUGCACGCCGCUCACCGCAUCCCCAUCACCUGGGCUGCCAGCUACGAGGGCUUCUUCCUGUCCUGCUCUCUGACUCACGGAGGGGCGGAGCUCUGCGCGCCGCAGCACACCAGCAAGCAGGCGGUCAGCAAAUACCUGUUCCACCUGGUGGUGUGGGACCAGAGGGUGUGCUUCCCGGUGCAGAUCAACCAGCUGCCCCGGGAGUCUCAGCUGACCGUCACGCUGUACGCCAGCUCUCUGCCGCCCCCUGGAGGAGCCGAGGAGAAGGGCAGGCAGCGGCGCAGCAUCGAGGCUCUGGGCUGGGUCACCAUGCCGCUCUUCAACUUCAGACACGUCCUGACGUGUGGCAGGAAGCUGCUCGGUCUGUGGCCAGCAGCCCCGGGGAGGACAGGAAACGCUCGGACGAGUUCGCCGAACUUCAGCCAGCCGGACAGCGUGAUCCUGCAGGUGGACUUCCCCACCUCAGCCUUCGAGGUCCGGUUCAGCACCCCCCCCCCGGCAGAUUUCUGUCCUCAGUACGAUUUCUCCAGGCUGGACGCCAUCAGUCAGAUCCAGCUGCAGGACGUCCUCCACAAGAAGGCUGUGUUCUGGCUGACGCUGGAGGACCGGCGCCUGCUGUGGGAGAAGAAGGCGUUCUGUCAGGCUGAGAGUGCGGCGCUGCCUCUGGUUCUGGCCAGCGCCCCCUGCUGGGAGUGGUCCUGCCUGCCCGACAUCUACGCCCUGCUGAAGCAGUGGGCCUGCCCCCCACACCUGGACGCCCUGGGCCUCCUGCACGCCACGUUCCCAGACCAGGAGCUGAGGAGGACGGCGGUUCAGUGGAUGGACUCCAUCACAGACUCAGAGCUGCUCGACUUCCUGCCUCAGCUCGUACAGGCUCUGAAGUACGAGUGUUACCUGGACAGCGCUCUGGUUCGGUUCCUCCUCCGGAGAGCCAUCGGGGACGUCCGCAUCGCCCACUACCUCUUCUGGCUGCUGAAGGACAACCUGCAGGACAGUCAGUUCAGCGCUCGGUAUCAGCACCUGCUUGCCGCCCUGCUGUGCUGCGUGGGUCUCGGUCUCCGGGAAGAGUUCGACCGGCAGUGCUGGCUCGUGUCCGUCCUCGCUCAGGUGGCUCACAAAGUCCGGGACGCCUCUCCGUCCAGCAGACAGUGUGUGCUGAAGGAGGGUCUGGAGGAGAUGAAGCAGUUCUUCUCGGUGAACAGCAGCUGCAGACUCCCUCUCAACCCGGCGCUGCUCGUCAAAGGAAUCAACAUCCAGUCAUGUUCGUUCUUCAACUCCAACGCUGUUCCUCUCAAACUGUCCUUCCAAAACCUCGACCCGCUGGGAGACAACAUCAACGUCAUCUUCAAGUCGGGGGACGACCUGCGGCAGGACAUGCUGACCCUGCAGGUGAUCCGCAUCAUGAACAAGAUCUGGAUCCAAGAGGGUCUGGACAUGAGGAUGGUCAUCUUCAAGUGCUUCUCCACCGGCAGAGGCAGAGGGAUGGUGGAGAUGAUUCCUCAGGCCGACACUCUGAGGAAGAUCCAGGUGGAGCACGGAGUCACCGGAUCCUUCAAAGACCGACCGCUGGCCGACUGGCUGCAGAAACACAACCCCACUGACGAGCAGUACGACAAGGCGGUGGAGAACUUCAUCUACUCGUGUGCUGGCUGCUGCGUGGCCACCUACAUCCUGGGUAUCUGCGACCGGCACAAUGACAACAUCAUGCUGAAGAGCAGCGGUCACAUGUUCCACAUCGACUUCGGGAAGUUCCUGGGACACGCGCAGAUGUUCGGGAACAUCAAACGGGACCGCGCCCCCUUCGUGUUCACCUCCGACAUGGCGUACGUGAUCAACGGAGGAGAUAAACCCUCCAGCCGCUUCCACGACUUCGUGGAUCUCUGCUGCGAAGCCUAUAACCUCAUCAGGAGACACACACACCUGUUCCUCAACCUGCUGGGGCUGAUGUUGUCCUGUGGGAUCCCUGAGCUCUCUGAUCUGGAUGAUCUGAAGUAUGUGUACGACGCUCUGAGACCUCAUGAGAGCGAGGCCGACGCCACCAUGUACUUCACCAGGCUGAUUGAGUCCAGUCUGGGCAGCGUGGCGACCCGUCUUAACUUCUUCAUCCACAGUCUUGCUCAGAUGAAGUUUUCCUCUGAGGACCGGCCCUCCCUCUCCUUCGCCCCCCGAGUGCACACCGCCCAGAUGGGGGGCGGGCUGCUCCGCAGCCUGUACGUCUGCAGGCACCUGCGCACCGGCAAGGGCUACGUGUUUGUGGUGAAGGUGGAGCGUGAGGGUCAGCAGGAGGCGCUGCUGCUUCAGAGAACAUUUGAAGAGUUUCAUGAACUCCACAACAAACUGAGACUCAUGUUCCCCUCAAACAAACUGCCCAGCUUCCCGAGCCGCCUUGUGAUUGGUCGGUCUCGGGGGGAGGCGGCAGCUGAUAAGAGGAGAGACGAGCUGAAUGGCUACGUGUGGCACCUGAUCCACGCUGCACCUGAGGUCGCUCAGUGUGACCUCGUCUACACCUUCUUCCAUCCUCCCCGAGACGAGAGGCCAGGACACACAGCCAGCAAACCAGAGCUUUCCUGGUCUCCUGCUGCAGGUACAGCACUUGGGGAGGUGAAGCUGUCGAUCUCCUACAAGAAGGACAAGCUGUUCAUCAUGGUGAUGCACAUCAGAGGCCUGCAGCCCCUGCAGGACGGCGCUGACCCCGACCCCUAUGUGAAGCUGUACCUGCUGCCGGACCCCAUGAAGACCAGCAAGAGGAAGACCAGGGCCGCGAGACGCACCUGUAACCCCACAUACAACCAGAUGCUGGUGUACGAGCGUAUCCCACGGGGGGACCUGGACCAGAGGGUGAUCCACCUUCGGGUCCUGGGUGAUGGGCCCUUCUGGGAGACCUCAGUGCUGGGGGAGGCCUUCAUCCCUCUGCGGGGCCUUGUGCCGGGGGGGCACUGGGUGGACUGGCACCCACUGGGAGGCUCAGACCCUGCCCACUGAGCGCCGGACUAAAGGCAGAGAGGAAGAGUUCUCCUUGGAGGACCAGACACAAAGGAGGUCCUUUCAAAGUAAAAGCCCUGUGGCUGAUCCUCUGAGAGCAGAGGUUGAUUUGCUUUUUAAAUCUUAUCGUUGAUUUUAAAUUCAAAGUUGAUUUUAUUUCUCAUCAUCAGGUCCUUUAAACUUCAAACAGCAUACAGAUUAGUGAGAUAAACUUCAUGGAAACUUGAGAUUCAACAGUUUUAACACAAAAUAUUUUUACUAAUUUAAAUGAAGACAGGCUCAGACUCACAGGUUUAGUUUCAGACUGACUUUUAAGUAUGUAAAUCACUUAGAUGGAAAAGAUGCAACGGCGUGUUAGGGUCAUUUAAAGUGGAAUAUAGAUCUGAUUAUCUGACACUGAAGUUGUUGUAUUUACAAGAUGAAACUCCAUCACAUUGAGUGUGUGAAUACACAAUUAAAGUGUAAAGCUCGUGGGUAUUCUCUGAGAUUAAAACCGUUCAUUAACAAUAAAGAAACGUGAGCAUUUUCUGAUAAUAAAGUGGAAAAACUCACAAGUUAACUUCAAUAGUUCCAGACGUACAUCAAACAGUGGCCCUAAUACGCCGUUUUAAAAAGCAUCAGAGAAGUGAAUAUGAUAUUAAUUAUAAUAUUUACAAUGAAAUGUGUUUCAGUCGGCACACACAGGUGCAUGCUGGGUAACUGAGUCCGAUAUCUUUCAGCAGAAAAAGGGACGAUGAUACAUUUUAGCUGGUUCAGAAUUUUCACGAUUAAACUUGGCCUGACUUUCAUCCAGGGGGGGAACCUAACGUUUCUUUACGCUACGUUGAGAGAAGCCUUUAGCUUUAGCAUUAGCUUAGCUCCGUGUUGCUAACAGGAUUUUUUAUAGAGCGGAUGCUUUGAUUUUCUAUCUGCGGUGCAUGAGCCUGUUUGCCUUUCAGCUCGGAUUGGACGCUCAUUCCAUUCCUGAUUUUAAACAUUUUGUACUUUUCGGAUUUAUGAAGCGACCUCCGUGUUUCUGCGCUGUAGGACAAAUACAAAGGGAGGAAGGGGACCUGUAGGAGGGUCUGUACAAAUGUGAAAAUUUGAGAGGACGAGUUCUUCUGACAGAUUCAGGUGCAUACGUUGUGAUUUUUGACCCUGACACUCUCCUGUAGUUCAGCCAAUCAGACGACUUUAAGCCACAUCAUGGUGUUUCCCAUUGGUCCUUCCACAGAAAAAUAACCCUUUAUCUUAUUAAAGGGAUAAUAUUUGGACCUUUAAACACCUCACCUUGGACUCUGAGGAACUUGGACGGACACCAGAUCAUUAAUCUACAUCAUAAUCUGCAGAGUAAUUAUAAUGAAAGUGCUGUUGGUUUCAGACGUUCUUCAAGACACAGAUUCCAGGAGUAUUCGAGGCGUGUAGGUCAAAUAUAAGUUCUCAAAAACCCUCAAAAGUCUCACGUUUUUGUUUAUUUUUUACCUUCAAUAAACCUAAUUCCCUGAUCUCCUAAAGAAGGCUUAAAGUAGAGUUUGGCUCAGUGACGGUCUGAUGGAAAGCGGGUGCAGUGGAGUGGACACAGAAUGUAAGGUACACACUGAAAUCAUGACAAUGUGAUUACUAGAUUAUCCACUCUGAUUAAUGUGCAUUCAUUUCAUUCAGAAACAUGUUUUGUAUUAUUUGCACUACAAAAUAAACUUGAAUUAAAAAGAAA